AUGUUAUCAAGAGAACUUGUACGCUCGACAAGAGCGUUAGUUAUACAGCACCUUGUAUUUGGGGGAGGAGGUGCGGCAGCCAUCAAUCAAAACAAUAAUAAUAAUAAUAAUAGUCAAAUGGUCAAGGACAAAAAGUUUAUGUAUGGUCGGAAGAAUUGUAGUUCAUCAUCAGGGGGUGGUGGAUCACUUCAACAACAACCAUCACAGACAUCGAGUGAAGUGUCGGCAAUGUACAAAAAAUCAAUUAUGACUCCUCUUAUUGGUAAUGAGUCUGUUAUUAAAGGUAAAGAAUCAACUUUUGAGUGGGAAAUAUCAGGGCAUGAAUCACAAGUAGUACAAUUAAAAUUGGAUCCAGGAUCAUCUAUAACUGCAGAGACUGGAGCAUUAUUGGAAAUGUCAUCAUCUGUUGAAAUGGAUACAAGUGCACGAGGAGGUUUCUUGACAAGUUUUAAAAGAAUGUUUACAGGUCAAGGUUUAUUCCUUACUAAAUUUAAAAAUGUUUCAGAUAAUGAAAUUGGUAGAGUAACAUUUUCAUCACCAUAUAUAUCAAAAAUAUUGGCAGUUAAAAUGUCAGAGUUGGGAGGAGAGUUGAUAUGCAAAAAGAAUUCAUUCUUGUGUGGAGACAAUGCUAUAGAGAUUGAACCUCAGUUGACAAAGCGAUUCUCUAUCGGAUUCUUUGGCGGUGAAGGUUUUAUAUUGCAACGAUUAAAAGGUAGUGGAAUGGCAUUCUUGCAUGGAUGUGGGUCGAUCAUCUUUAGAAGUUUACAACCUGGCGAAAAGGUACGGGUUAGUGUUGGUUCCAUCGUUGCAUUCCAAACUUCGGUAGAGUAUGAUAUAGAGUGGGUUAAAGGUGCCACUAAUAUAUUCUUUUCUGGUGAAGGUUUGUUUUUGACAACCCUGUCUGGUCCAGGACUAGUCAUUCUUCAAUCACUUCCUUUUGAGAAACUUGUAAAUCAAAUAUCAAGAUCUUUACCAUCUUAUGGGUCCUCUUCAUCAACACCAUCUUCUUCUUCUUCUCCCUCAAAUGAUUCAGGUAGUAGUUCUACUGGAUCAACUAAAAAUUAA